CCAACCAAACACUCGAAUGGAACCAUCUCGUUCCACUUUUUUGCUCGUACCAAACACAGGAACGGAACCGGCCCGUUCCUCUGGAAUGGAACCAUUCCAUUCCAUGACAGUUGGUUCUCCAACCAAACACACCCUUGGUUCUACGAGUUCUAGGAUGAGAUCAGGUUUACUAAUGUAACCCCCUUGGUGUUUCCUCUCUACUCUUGCAUUCUUUUCUUAUGGUGCAACUUUUGGGGAUCCUUGAUGUGCUCAUAUAUUUAUUGACCUUCCUUAUAAGACCGAUAUGAGCAUCCCAAAGAAAGUACGCUUAUCCUCAUAAAAAGGUUCAUAUCUUCCAAAUUUCACUUAUAUGACAAAAAUGCAAAGUUUGCAUAUUGUUUCAUAUUUGGUUCUAUAAUAAUAUGUAUGCUUCCUUUAUUAUAGGUACACCCAUUUGAUUAUUUUAAGCAAUUCCAGUAUAUAGUAAGGAGUCUAUUGUGGGUUUUAAUCUGGGACUCCAUACCACAAGUAGCUGUUAUAAAUCGAUAAUUAUUUGCAUAACAAGCCAUUACUUUCAUAGUAUCAUGAACAUGCUUGUGGGGUUUUCUUUAGCAUAGGAUGUUGCGGUAUACAAUAGCAUCGCGCUAGAUGGGUCAAAAUGCAAUUCUGAUCCUUCCAUCUCUGAGCAUUUUUUGUUUCUUUGUUAUGCAAAAACCUCCAUCAAUGGCCAAUGCGCAUAAUUUCUUUAAACCUCUCUAUAACAAUAUUACAAACACAACUUCUGUGACUGAAGUAAGGAGACUUGGCUACUUUAAUCAUAUGAAGAGUGUUACUAACAAUCUCAUGACCUUGAAGGAAGCAGACCUGACUAAUCAAAUGAGGAGGGUUGUUGACAGUCUCGUAGACUUGGCUUGGGUUGCAUUUCUCGUAGACUUGGCUUGGGUUGCAUUCUUAGAAAAAGGUUGUGAUUAGUGAAAUUGCUUUGUUGGUUUUGAAUUUUAGUCCUGUCAGUGUUAUACAAGUUUCUCUCCUUAUUUCUUUCUAUUCUUCCUCUUUGUAAGGCAUGAGUUUCCCAAGAACGCAUAUUGGGAGGGUUGGUACAUGUUCAUGGACAUGAGGAGCCUAUCGUAUUCGUCCUUGUUGUUCGCCGCCAUAUUCCCGGGACAGGAGCGCCGACCGAUCUUUCGUCCACAUAAGGCCUUCGUGAGACCACUCUUCUAGUUCCUCAUUGAGCCUAGGACCCACUAGCAGGAUGGCAAGAAAGGGCAUCACCAGACCACCACCACCAAUGGUGAUCUGCUCACCGACGAGGUGGCUAUGGCGACAGUUGCCCCGGUUGGUGAUGUGACAACGGAGGACCCAAUUGCUACUGAUGUGACGAACACAAACACGUAGGAGCAGGUGAGUAUACUCUAUAGUUUUGCGGUGAACCAUUACUGAUUAUUUGUUGUACUACUUGUGUUCUACGUUUAGUUCCACUCGUUUUGAUACCCCAAAAAAGAGAGGUGUGGAAAAUUUAGAGUAGGUAGAGUAUAUAACUAGGGACAACGCAAUCAUAUCAGUGUUAGACAAUGUCAGUACUUCAUGUAGCCGAUGAGAAUCCAUUAUCAGAUUGCGUUGGUUUUGCACACGUGUGUCUUAUUGUUCCAGUUAGAAGUUUGCAUGUACCAAAUCUGAUGAAAUAAUAUCACGUAGUACAAACAGUAAAAUGGAAACGGUGUGUGCCUACGUGGCACCAUAGAGAUUCCUCUCAGGCGGCACGUCAUGUGCAGGCCCCCAAUCAGUAGUAAGUUACUACUAGAUUGAAGUACGGGUUAGUUCACGUUGAUAUUAUAGGUUAGUGUAGUUUUUUUUUCUUUUGCGACGGCAUAGGUUAGUGCAGUUGGAAGCACAAAUUCCGUUUGAAGAAAGUUCGUGAAAGCCUUUCAGCAUGGAAUCAAAUUUUAAAGAUCUUGAUGCAAGAAAUACAAGGAUUAAAAGCGAUUUGUAAUUUUGGACUCACGGAUUUUAAUUUUAGAAGACAAAUCUAGAAAAGAGCACACACUGUCAAUUUUGGCAGAACUCUAUGCUGACAAGUGAUGCCUGUGUUUUCUUUUAGCAAAACAAUGAUGCCCAUACGCUCCAUCACUUGUAAUCACCAGAGAAUUCUGAGGUAUAGUAGUGAGCAAAACUCGGAUUGCUAUUGAGCCGUCCAAUGCCCAUGAAAAGCCGUUGGUUUGUGUCGGAAUCGUCCAUGUUAACAUCGCUAUUAUCGCACACGCACACCCAGCUGAUCCAUCCCCAAUUCGGCCAUCAGAGAAAAAAAAGAUCCAUCCCCAAUUCGAGCUCCACCGAACCCUCAAUCCCACCCUCUACCAAACAAUGGAUCCGGCGGCGGCACGCGGACAAGUGGAUGAGUGUGGCCGAGAAGCUCCUCAUGGCGAGGGAUCUCGAGGGCUGCAAGGAGUUCUCCUCCCAUGCCAUCGCCGCCGACCCCCGCACCCCGGGCGCCGAGGAUCUCUAUGCCGCCGCCGACGUCCUCCUCGCGUCCCAGCGCCGCCGCCUGCCCAGCGGCCAGCCCGAUCCCUACGCUGUUCUCGGCCUCGACCCUGCCAACCCCGCGUCGCGCCACCCAGACGUCGUCCACCCCAAGUUCCGCCGGCUCUCCCUCCUCCUCAACCGGUCCCACCCCGACCGCCCCUGCUCGGUGUACAUCGCCGAGGCUGCCCGCCUCGUCGCCGAUGCCUGGGCCUUCCUCUCAAACACCGCACUUAAGUCCGCCCUCGACGCCGAACUGGAUGCCGUCGUUGCACCUCGCGCACCGAUGCCACAGCCGGCGGUGGAGAGGAGGCCGCAGCCGUCGCCGCCUCCACAGCAAAGCCCGGUAUGGGCAGUUCCCCUGCCACGACCACCUCCACAGCGGAUCCCGGUACGGCCAGCUCCCCAGCCAACGCCGCCUCCACAGCCGACUCGGCUGCAAGCAGCUACCCAGCCUUCUCCGCCCCCACAGCCAAGUUCGAUGCGAGCAGCUACCCAGACACCGCCGCCUCCACAACCGAGUUCGAUGCGAGCAGCUACCCAGACACCGCCGCCUCCACAGUCGACUUCGCUGCGGGUAGCUACCCAGACACCGCCGACUCCACAGCCGAGCCGCCGCAACCAGCUACGCAGACACAGCCGCCUCCACAUCUGAGUCCGUUGCGAGCAGCUACGGAGCCACCGCCGUCUCCACAGCCGAUUCCGCUGCAACUAGCUACCCAGCCACCGUCGCCUCCACAACCGAGCCCGCUGCAAGCAGCUUCCCAGCCACACACCGGAGCAACGGCUCCGUCGGUGCACCAGGGUGGCCCUCUGUGUCGAAAGGAUCAGCGUGCGUUGGUGAAGAAUGCCAUUACUGCCAUCGCAACCGCGAGAUCUGCGUGCAUCGGUGACGAAUGGCAUUAUUGCCAUCGCAACCGCGAUCCAUGCGAGGGCAUGGCUGGGGCAACUGGUUCGAAGAAAAUCAAAUCCUUAGCCUCCUACCUGGCACGCCAGAUGUUGACGUGUGAUCGUUGAUGUCGAGGAUUAAGGCUAGACCCCUUUUUUGUUCGGCCAAGGGCUAAAACACUUCGGUGAACUUUAUGUCAGAGAAACGGGUUUCUUACCCAGGUCCAACCCACCAUGAGGUGUAAUACCCUACGUCUGCUCUAGCUCUUGAUAUCUUAUAUGAGUGGUUACGAGCUGCUCCUCGGGAUAGUUCUAAUGUUCUUCUCCUAGCUUUUGGUCUUCUGUUAAGUUCAUAGAGAGGUCACCUACCCAAGAAUUGAUCAUUUUCUAUGGCUUCGGCCCUCCCCUUCUAUAGGCAUGGAGGGUAACACAAUGGCCUUUACAAUUAAGUUGAUAUGUUGAACC